AUGCCUGCCACCCCAGAUAUCACCGAUUACUCACCCCACCAUCCCGAUCCUUCACCUUUGGUGCCAACAGCUACCAAUCUCAUCUUGAUCGACAACUAUGACUCCUUUACUUGGAAUGUCUACCAAUACUUGGUGCUUGAAGGUGCCAAUGUGACGGUGUUCAGAAACGACAAGAUCACCAUCGAUGAACUUAUUGCGAAAAAGCCAACCCAAUUGGUGAUCAGCCCCGGCCCAGGGCACCCAAAUACCGAUUCGGGUGUCAGCCGUGAUGCCAUCAAGCACUUCGCUGGCAAGAUCCCCAUUUUUGGAGUGUGCAUGGGGCAACAAUGCAUCUUCGAUGUGUAUGGUGGCGAUGUGAGCUUUGCUGGUGAGAUUCUUCACGGCAAAACAUCACCGCUGGUCCACGACUCCAAGGGUGUCUAUGCUGGUCUUGCCCAGGGUCUGCCCGUCACCCGCUACCACUCGCUGGCUGGUACUCAUGUCACCCUGCCCGAGUCUCUCGAGGUCACCUCCUGGAUUGCCAACGAAGAUGGCUCCAAGGGCGUCAUCAUGGGUGUUCGUCACAAGGAGUACACCAUUGAGGGUGUGCAGUUCCACCCUGAGAGCAUUCUAUCCGCCGACGGACGCCUCAUGCUCAAGAACUUCCUCCACAUGCAGGGAGGGACCUGGGCUGAGAACGAGCGCCUGGAGAAGGCCGCUCAAGAGAGCAAGAAUGCCGUGAUCGUACCCAAGAGCGACGCAAAGCCAGCCCCGCCAAAGAACAACAUCCUCCAGAAGAUCUACGCUCACCGGAAAGCCGCCGUCGCCGCCCAGAAAGAGAUUCCUUCUCAACGGCCCUCUGAUCUGCAGGCCGCCUACGACUUAAACCUCGCACCGCCCCAAAUCUCGCUCGUCGAUCGCUUGCGCAACUCCCCAUUCGACGUCGCCCUUGCUGCCGAAAUCAAGAGAGGGUCGCCCUCCAAGGGCAUCUUUGCGCUUGACAUCGACGCACCCAGCCAGGCCCGCAAGUAUGCGCUUGCCGGCGCCAGCGUCAUCUCGGUUCUCACCGAGCCGGAGUGGUUCAAGGGGAGCAUCGAGGACCUCCGGGCCGUGCGCCAGGUCCUCAACGCCAUGCCCAACCGGCCGGCGGUUCUCCGGAAGGAGUUCAUUUUUGAGGAGUACCAGAUCCUCGAGGCAAGGCUUGCAGGCGCCGAUACCGUGCUGCUGAUCGUGAAGAUGCUAGAUUUCGAGCUCUUGGAGCGGCUCUACGAGUACUCGCUCUCUCUAGGCAUGGAGCCGUUGGUCGAGGUGCAAAACACCGAAGAGAUGGCCACCGCGAUCAAACUGGGGUCCAAGGUGAUCGGCGUCAACAACCGCAACCUAGAGAACUUCGAGGUUGACCUCGGCACAACCGGUCGGUUACGCAGCAUGGUACCCAAGGACACCUUCCUGUGCGCGCUCAGUGGCAUAAACUCCCACCAAGAUGUCCUCGACUGCAAGCGGGACGGCGUCAACGGCGUGCUCGUCGGCGAGGCCAUCAUGCGCGCCCCCGACGCCUCCAAGUUCAUCCGGGAACUCUGCGCCGGCCCCGAAGCGCCCGCGCCCCAAUCCGCCACCAACCCCCUGCUGGUCAAAAUCUGCGGGACCCGAACCGCCGAGGCCGCCACCGAGGCCAUCAAAGCCGGCGCCGACCUCGUCGGCAUGAUCCUCGUCCCCGGCACCAAACGCUGCGUCUCGCACGAGACCGCCCUCGCCAUCUCCGACGCCGUCCACAGCAGCCGAAAGAACCCCACCACCACCACCGCUUCAGAAACCAUCCAAGUCCUCCCCGCCGCCACCGACUUCUUCACCCUCACCAGCGAAGUCCUCCGCAAGCAGGGCCCGCUCCUCGUCGGCGUGUUCAUGAACCAGCCCCUGGCGGACGUGCUCGAAAAGCAGCGGCUGUACAACCUCGACGUGGUCCAGCUGCACGGCGACGAGCCGCUCGAGUGGGCCAGCCUGAUCCCCGUGCCGGUCGUGCGCAAGUUCAGGCCGGGCCAGAUCGGCCUCGGCGUGCGCGGGUACCAUGCCGUGCCGCUGCUGGAUUCGGGUGCGGGAUCGGGGAAGUUGCUGGAUAUUGAGGCGGUGAAGGCGGCGUUGGAGCGGGAUCGCGGGUUGUCGGUUUUGUUGGCCGGUGGGCUGGGACCGGAGAAUGUGGUUGAGGCGGUGGCUGCGCUGGGACCGCUGGCGGAGAGGGUGCUGGGUGUAGAUGUUAGUAGUGGGGUGGAGGUGGAGGGUAAGCAGAGCUUGGAGAAGAUUAGGGGGUUUGUGAAGGCGGCGAAGGCUAUUCGGUAG